CGCGCCGCGCACUCCGCCUGCUCGCGGCCCGGCGCGAGCGCCCGCCGCAGUCUCCUGUCCCGCGCAGACAUGGCCUCGGGUGCCGCCACCACCGCCGCCGUGAAGAUUGGAAUAAUUGGUGGAACAGGCCUGGAUGAUCCAGAAAUUUUAGAAGGAAGAACUGAAAAAUAUGUGGAUACUCCAUUUGGCAAGCCAUCCGAUGCCUUAAUUUUGGGGAAAAUAAAAAAUGUUGAUUGCGUCCUCCUUGCCAGGCAUGGGAGGCAGCACACCAUCAUGCCUUCCAAAGUCAACUACCAGGCAAACAUCUGGGCUUUGAAAGAGGAGGGUUGUACACAUGUCAUAGUGACCACAGCUUGUGGCUCCUUGAGGGAGGAGAUUCAGCCCGGCGAUAUCGUCAUUAUUGAUCAGUUCAUCGACAGGACCAUGACAAGGCCUCAGACCUUCUAUGAUGGAAGUCAUUCCUGUGCCAGAGGAGUAUGCCAUAUUCCAAUGGCUGAGCCAUUUUGCCCCAAAACAAGAGAGGUCCUCAUAGAGACUGCUAAGAAGCUUGGACUCCGGUGCCACUCAAAGGGGACAAUGGUCACAAUUGAAGGACCUCGAUUUAGCUCCCGGGCAGAAAGCUUCAUGUUCCGCACCUGGGGAGCGGAUGUUAUCAAUAUGACCACUGUUCCAGAGGUGGUUCUUGCCAAAGAGGCUGGAAUUUGCUAUGCAAGUAUUGCCAUGGCAACAGAUUAUGAUUGCUGGAAGGAGCACGAGGAAGCAGUUUCAGUGGACCGGGUCUUAAAGAUCCUGAAAGAAAAUGCCAAUAAAGCCAAAAGUUUGCUCCUCACCACCAUACCUCAGAUAGGGUCCACAGAAUGGUCCGAAACCCUCCAUAACCUGAAGAAUAUGGCCCAGUUUUCUGUUUUAUUACCAAGACAUUAAAAUAGCACGGCUGCCUAGAAAAAAGGUGACUUUCUAGUUCCUGUCAUCGUGGGAAUUGCUGCUUAACUUGGAAAAAAAAAAUCCUGAGAAAGACAUGCAGCUUUCAUGCACUUGCCUGGGAGAGAAAAACACCUGUAGGAAAGAGAGUACACUGCAGAUGCUCAAGACUCCUCCUGGAAGACCUAGACUACUUCACAACAUGGCAGAAAAAGCAAGUGCCCCGUCCACAUGUGGGUAAAAAUCGUACAUUUUAGAAUUAAGCAAGAUACCAUUCUUCCCUCUGCCUAUUAAAUUUGCAGCAGUAAAGGCUGGGAAAUAAUAACUGGUUUCCUACGUUGCCAAAGACGGUGAAGAAGAAAUGGGACUCUGGCUACUUAUUGAUGUGACUGUAAAUUGGUGCAAUCUUUGGAGGGCAGUUUGGUAAAAUGUAUCAACAGGCUCAAAAAAUAUAUAGGCAUUUUAUUUUGUGCAUUCUCUUAGGAAUUUAUCUUUCAGAAAUUAUAUACAUAUAUAAAUAAGAAUUUUAAUAGGAUUAGUUAUAGCUGAUUUUCAAAAUAGUAUGAAUACCCAGCAAUUGGAAAUAAGUUGUGGUUUAACUGUGAAGCAGUCAACUGAAAAUCAUGUUUUCACAUAAUAUUUGAUAUCUAAAAGAAAUGACCAUUCUGUAAUAUAAAGUGAAAAAACUAUGUAAGCAUUUUACAGUACUUGUUUUAAAAUGCCAUGUUAAUGUACAGAAAGACUAGAAGUAUACAAAAUCUUUUAUUGUAUUUGGGGGAGGAGAUACUGGGUAAUUUUUAUUUUCUUUGAAUCUUUCUGUAUCUUCACAGUUUUCUACAGUGAGUAUAAUCAAAUAAUAAAAUUGUAAAAAAUAAAAAUGCACUUAGUCCAAUUCUUAAAAACACUGUUGAUGAUAAUAAAGUGAAAUUUGAGAUGGUAACAUUAAGAGGAGCUUUGUUUCAGGAAGUUACAUCUAUUCUCUUAAAAAAGAGGAUCACUGAUGACUCUACAGUAAGAACAAUACUGGGGCUUGCAACAGCUUCCCGAGAAAGCUGUGUGUUUACUACUGAGGUCUGUAAGUUAAAGCUACUUAAAAGAUUAAAUAUACACCUAGUGUAUCAAAUAUUUUUUAAAUUAUUUGAUUCUAUUUCUACUCCCUUUUUAUGUGUUGAUGAAUUAUUUUAAAUGAGUUGGCAGUUUUUGUUUCUUAAUAAAAAAGUGGAAGUUUGCCUCU